AUGGCCAACGCCCUGUACAACGUCUACCGGCUAGCUGGCCCUGUGGCCGCUGGUGCCCUCCUUUUCAACGCCUCCAUCUACGACGUUCGAGGCGGCACCCGCGCUGUCAUCUUCGACCGAUUGUCUGGUGUGCAGGAGGCCGUCGUCAACGAAGGCACUCACUUUCUGAUUCCCUGGCUGCAACGGGCCAUCGUCUACGAUGUGCGGACAAAGCCGCGCAACAUCUCCACUACCACUGGAAGUAAAGAUUUGCAGAUGGUCAGCUUGACGCUGCGCGUGCUGCACCGUCCGGAGGUGCCGAAGCUGCCCCAGAUCUACCAGUCAUACGGUACCGAUUACGAUGAGCGUGUUCUCCCCUCCAUCGGCAACGAAGUGCUCAAGGCAAUCGUCGCCCAAUUCGACGCCGCCGAACUCAUCACCCAACGUGAAGCCGUGUCCAACCGCAUCCGUACCGACCUCCUGAAGCGCGCCGCCCAGUUCAACAUCGCUCUGGAGGACGUCUCCAUCACCCACAUGACCUUCGGCAAGGAAUUCACCCGCGCCGUUGAGCAGAAGCAGAUCGCCCAGCAGGACGCUGAACGGGCCCGUUUCAUCGUCGAGCGUGCCGAGCAGGAGCGCCAGGCCAACGUCAUCCGUGCCGAGGGUGAAGCCGAGAGUGCCGACAUCAUCAGUAAAGCUGUUGCCAAGGCCGGCAGUGGCCUCAUCGAGAUCCGUCGGAUCGAUGCCAGCCGCGAGAUUGCGCAGACCCUGGCUCAGAACCCCAACGUCACAUAUCUGCCCGGUGGGGAGGGCAAGGAAGGUGGUAAGAACACUAGCCUCCUCCUAGGUCUGCGGAAUUAA